GGACACAUGGAUACGCUGGGCAGGAAAGUGGUCGUCUGCGACAACGGCACCGGGUUUGUGAAAUGUGGAUAUGCAGGAUCCAAUUUUCCAGAACACAUCUUCCCAGCUUUGGUUGGAAGACCGAUUAUUCGCUCAACUGCUAAAGUGGGAAACAUAGAAAUCAAGGAUCUUAUGGUCGGUGAUGAAGCAAGUGAACUGAGAUCAAUGUUGGAAGUUAAUUACCCUAUGGAGAAUGGCAUUGUCCGGAACUGGGACGAUAUGAAACAUCUUUGGGAUUAUACCUUUGGACCAGAAAAACUUAACAUUGAUACAAAAAACUGUAAAAUACUUCUUACGGAACCUCCUAUGAAUCCAACAAAGAACAGAGAAAAGAUUGUGGAGGUAAUGUUUGAAACAUACCAGUUUUCUGGGGUCUAUGUAGCUAUUCAAGCAGUACUCACUCUGUAUGCACAAGGUUUACUGACUGGUGUUGUUGUAGAUUCUGGAGAUGGUGUUACACACAUCUGUCCAGUUUAUGAAGGCUUCUCUCUUCCACAUCUCACCAGGAGGCUAGAUAUUGCUGGUAGAGAUAUUACCAGAUACCUCAUCAAGCUGCUUUUACUACGAGGCUAUGCCUUCAACCAUUCUGCUGAUUUUGAGACGGUUCGUAUGAUUAAAGAAAAGCUCUGCUAUGUGGGCUACAACAUUGAACAGGAGCAGAAACUGGCCUUGGAAACUACUGUUCUGGUUGAGUCCUACACGCUCCCAGAUGGAAGAAUUAUUAAAGUUGGUGGUGAACGGUUUGAGGCACCGGAAGCUCUGUUCCAGCCUCACUUGAUCAAUGUGGAAGGGGUUGGCGUUGCUGAGCUUCUGUUCAACACCAUCCAGGCUGCUGAUAUUGACACUAGGUCUGAGUUCUAUAAGCACAUUGUGUUAUCUGGAGGUUCCACUAUGUACCCUGGGCUGCCUUCACGACUGGAACGUGAACUUAAACAGCUUUACCUGGAACGGGUCCUAAAAGGUGAUGUGGAAAAGCUUUCAAAAUUUAAGAUUCGCAUUGAAGAUCCUCCUCGUCGAAAGCACAUGGUGUUCCUGGGUGGUGCGGUUCUAGCAGACAUCAUGAAGGACAAAGACAACUUCUGGAUGACCAGACAAGAAUACCUAGAGAAAGGGGGGCAUGUGCUUGAGAAGCUUGGCGUGACUGUGCGAUAAACUCAGAAGCUUAUUCCCAUCAAAGCUUUGAUCCUCUCAUUCCUUUAUUGCCAAUCUUUGAACUCAUUCAGCUACACGACAUGGAAAGGCCUGUUUCUGCCCUUUGACCCAAAGGCCAGGUUUUGUUCUGGUUCCUUUUUAUUUGAUAACGUGGCUAUAUUUGACUACUUAAUUGGACCACUUCUCUGCAAACAAAACUUAGGGCAAGAGUGACCAGUCUACUGCCUUGUUCGUUCCCAGUAGGCAGUUGGGUAAUUCCAGUAGCCUUUUUCUUCUUGCUUUAUUGCUGUAAUGCUGUCGGCUUUUGUCUGUAGCUCAUCAUGGAUGGAAUCGCAUUGUUAGCAUGAGAAAAUCUUUGGACAGGAGCGCUUUACUAUCAUGUGGUUGGUUGUAGUAGUUUAUCUUUGCAUCCUUCUGCCUUCAGUGCUGUACUAUUCAGUGUCUUUAUAUCUUUGCUUAGGAACUCGGAAAUCCGGUCAAACUGCCAGCAUAUUUUUUUAAUGCUAUCCAAGGAUAUUUUGGGUUCCAUAAACAUAAGCCUUCUGAAAUUAAUCACCAUGGAAAUUGUCUUUGGAUCUCUGAAUCAAGUAGCAAAGUUGAGGGAAAACUUCUAUAUUGCUUUUCCUAAAAGAGCAGCAAUUUGCAUGGCUGCUGCUCCAAAUUAAUUAUCUGGACCUUUUGGAUUUUUCUCUCUCAUGUGUAUAUUUCUAGCUUUAUGAAGUGGCCGUAGAUAGUCUUUUCUCAUAUGGAAUGCAUACAGUUAGUUUCUUCUUCCUAUAUUUUUCCUUUUGUUUUUGGUACCAUAUAUUUUAUUGCCAUUGGGCUUAAAGGGUGGUGUUUUUUUUUUUUUAAUGGGCAACAUUAGAAUGUCAUCUGGGACUGGAUUUCCCAGAUAUAAUCUAUUGAAAGUAAUAUGUUCAAAAAAGUCUGUGAACUUUAAUUACUGGUACAACACUACAAAAACAUUGAAUUGUAUUAAAUUUUGAACACACAGUAA